CGCGGGUUGAUCAAUAUUUAAGAAAUGCCUCGCGCCUACGAUGGGUUCAUAUUUGAUAGCGUCCAUCCAGCCCCUUUAGAGCGGUUCAUCGUCAAAGCCCCACAAGCUUGCGUGCAUAGUCUCAGAGACUAGCAGCGAUUCGUGCUUAACCGCCACGAUGCUUUCCCUCCCACGCAUCGCCGCCGCCACCUGGCUCCUGCAUCUCACCUCGUUUGUGCUUGGAGCCCCUUCGUCCAGCAAUGGCGAGGAGCCCCGUCUCGGCGCCGUGUCGUCGGAGAAUUCGGUAUGCAGCCAAAUCGGCAUUGACCUGCUCAAGGCCGGCGGAAAUGCAGCAGAUGCCAUGGUCGGCACCGUCUUUUGUGUCGGCGUCGUGGCCAUGGUGCAUAGCGGCAUCGGUGGUGGCGGCUUCAUGCUUGUGCGCAGCCCCAAUGGCACGUACGAGUACAUCGAUUUCCGCGAGACGGCGCCGGCGGCUGCAUUUGAGGACAUGUACACCAAUAACACGGCGGCUAGUCUGUAUGGUGGGCUUGCCAGUGGUGUGCCCGGUGAGCUGAGGGGCUUGGAGUACCUACAUAAGCACUACGGUGUUUUGCCCUGGAAGCAAGUUAUGGCACCCGCCAUCAAAGUUGCACGCUUUGGCUUCACCGUUAACGCCGACCAAGUUCGGUACAUGACCUCGCUUUCUGACCCGAGUUUCUUGACCGAUGAUCCCAACUGGGCCAUCGACUUUGCCCCUCAUGGCUACCGUGUUCAGCUCAAUGAGACUAUGACGAGGAAGCGUUAUGCGGAUACUCUCGAAGUUAUUUCCAACGAGGGUGCUGAUGCAUUCUACACUGGCGCCAUUGCUAAUGCCACCAUUGCGGCAUUACAGGCUUCCAACGGGACCAUGACACUUGAUGACCUCAAGAACUACACUAUCGCCCUGAGGACACCGUCUAACAUCACGUACCGCGGCUAUAAGUUGACAUCCUGCGGCGCACCGGCGGGUGGAUCCGUCGCCUUAAGCGCCUUGAACAUCGUGGAACAGUAUUCAGGAUUUGCGGACCCGUCUGCCAUCAACUUGACCACACACAGACUCGACGAAGCCAUCAGAUUCGCAUACGGCCAGCGCACUGAACUGGGUGAUCCCUCCUUUAUUGAUGGAGUCUUCGAGUACCAGGACUCGAUGCUGUCUAGUGCAACAGCAAUCGAAAUCCGAUCCAAAAUCUCUGAUUAUACCACCCAGAACGUCUCAUACUAUAAUCCGGGCGGUCUGGAGAGUAUCGAUACGCCAGGAACGAGCUAUAUCGGCACGGCCGACAAAAGCGGCUUGGCCAUCAGCCUCACCACGACCAUCAACACCAUCUUCGGCUCGCGACUCAUGGUGCCAGAAACGGGCAUCAUCAUGAACAACGAGAUGAAUGACUUCUCUAUUCCGGGAUCCAGCAAUGCGUUUGGCUAUAUCCCUAGCCCGGCAAACUACGUUCGGCCCGGCAAGCGUCCACUCUCAUCCAUCUCGCCCACCAUCGCUGAGACGGCGGACGGCAAGCUCUACCUCGUGGUCGGUUCUGCAGGGGGAAGCCGAAUCAUCACGGCGACAAUUCAAAACAUUCACCACGUGCUGGACCAGAACAUGACGACUCCUCAGGCGCUUGCGCAGCCUAGACUGCAUGACCAACUUAGCCCGAAUCUGGUCACUUUCGAAUAUCCCUACGACAACAGUACCGUGGCGUACAUGAAGAGCCUAGGACAUAAUGUGAGCUGGGUUGGGCCAGGCCAGAGUACCGCGCAGGCGUUGAGGUUGUUGUCGAACGGCACAUUUGAGGCGGCAGGGGAGCCAAGACAAGUGGCUUCAGGUGGUCUUGCCGUGUGAGAGAAUAUAGAGAUGACGAUUUUCACAACAUUCCAGGGUAUCAUAACAAAAGAGUAAGAUAAAAGAGUGCUACAUACAGCCAUUCUCCAUAAUACACCAUUUGAUUUCUUCC